CCCCGGUCUCUAAUGGCUGAACAACAACAACUGUCGGCGACUGACAAACUUUCGCAAACUUCAUCAGAGACAAAAGAAAGUUGGAGAUAUCGGCUUGUGUUGUUUCUGUAACCGGUUAGGGUUAUUUGUCUGUUCGUCUUAUAGUCACAAAUGUGGGAUUACUGAUGGAUCCGAGGUAUGAUAUUCCACGGAGGGCCGCCGGCGGUGGCGGCGGGGGCUCCGCGAACUCGUCCCCCGCUCUGGGGGCUCAGUCACGCCGCAGGAAGAUGCCUCCCAGACCCGCUGAUUUCAAACUUCAGAUUAUCAUUAUUGGCUCUCGUGGUGUUGGUAAAACAAGUCUCAUGGAAAGAUUUACCGACGACACUUUCUGCGAAGCUUGCAAGUCAACCGUAGGAGUUGACUUCAAAAUCAAGACGGUUGAGCUGAGAGGGAAGAAGAUUAGACUACAGAUAUGGGACACCGCAGGCCAGGAGAGGUUCAACAGCAUCACAUCAGCAUACUACAGAGGAGCCAAGGGAAUUGUGCUUGUGUAUGAUAUCACAAAACAGGAGACCUUUGAGGACCUUCCCAAGUGGAUGAAAAUGAUUGACAAGUACGCCUCAGAGGAAGCAGAGCUUCUGCUGGUCGGGAACAAGCUGGACUGUGAGACUGAUCGCAUCAUCUCCAGGCAACAAGGAGAGAGGUUUGCCUCUCGAAUAAGUGGAAUGCGCUUCUGCGAAGCUAGUGCGAAGGAUAAUUUUAAUGUGGAUGAAAUCUUCCUGAAGCUUGUGGACGACAUUCUUAGCAAGAUGCCUCUGGAAGUUCCCAACAAGGAGCUUUCCAACAGUGUCCUGUCUCUGCAGCCUGAACCGGAAGUGCCACCGGAGUUGCCCCCUCCUCGCAUGCGCUGUUGCUGAGAGUCGGAGUGGUCCCCCACCCUACCUAUACACACACACACACACACACACACACACACACACACACACACACACACAGCUCACACAUGCAGAGUACCAAUCUGGCCACUGGGGGGCAGCACACAGCAGCACUCUGGAAUCAGUGACUGCUGAAAUGCAUGGACUCUUUAAACAAGCAGUGUUAUCUUCCUUUGAUUAUUCUCCUGUUUUGUAACUGUACACUAUGACCUGCUUCACACUAACACUUAGGCCUGAAUCACCCACUUCCUUCCACCUUUUUGUCAACACUUGACCCAGACUACCUCAUUGCUCAGACGGUUAGGCUAGUUGUGCCCCGCAGGUGCCUUCCAGGUAGAGUCCUCUGGUAGCAGUUGCACUUUUUUUUUUUGCUUUGUUUUUGAGGAGGGCGAUUACUGAGGGCCUUACAACUUGUUUGCUUCCGGUAGUCCUUUAUCAUCACGCCAAGUUUAACAUUGUCUGAGUUGGGUCUGUUAUCUCUGCAUUUACUAGCUCACAGAAAAGGGAUGACAACAUCUCACGGCUUCCCUGCUUAGUUUAAACUCUUGAGGCUGCAGGUACAUAGUUUUAGUGUACUUUUGUGUGCUCGUUAAUAUGUAUGAUUUCAAAGGGGCUCAAGGUAAACAAAAGCACACGGUGUAAAUAUAGUGUGUUUCUGUAAUGACUGGACAUGGUGCAGGUGGUUGUGGCCAGCAGCAGGGGUUGUGUGGUGGUGAUAUCAUAUCAGUUUAUAUUGCUUUGCCUUAAUAGUAUUAAAAUGGCUGCUUGUUUCAAAUGUGUAUAAAUUGUAAUGUUUUGCACUACAAUCCAUCUUCGCUAGUUAAGCUGACAUGCAGCAAAGGAAAGUACACGACUUGUAGUUUAGCACUAAUAAAGAUGGAUCUGGCCUCGGCACUGCCGCUCGGAACGCUUCCACACCCGAUCGGGCUGCAAGGAGAGAUGGGUAGUGUAGUCUUUGAGGGAUUUGUCUUUGUACAAGGGAAUUCUCCCUGUGUUUGUGGCGGGUAUAUCGGAGCAGAUAGUACACUGGCAUAUGUGGGUCAGCCUUUGUUGUGUUUUUGUUACUAAUAUUUGUGCUUUGUCUUUUCCUUUGAAUUCAGAUACAGGUUAGAGACAAAAACAUGUGUUUCCCUUUUGGAGGGAAAAAUGCAGGAAGGUUUGAUUAGUAUUUGAAUGACUCAGGAAUCUUUGGUCGGUUCCCAUCUGUUGUGCUAGCGGCUCGAUUGGCUUUGAGUUCUUUUAAAAAAAAAAUGCUUAAAAUGGUCAUUUGCAUUUUUUUCCUUUUGAUUUUUAUUUGGCAGUUUGUUACGGACCAGUGUGUGGAUUAUCUGUUACGUUCACAUUUUCAGAAAUACUAGGCAGUGCAUAUAAUCUAAGCCUUCCUGUGUAUGAUUAAAUCCUUUAAAGGGGACCUAUUAUGCUUUCAUGUUUGUAUUCUUGGAUUCUACUAGAGUAGCUUUGCAUGAUUCACUUAUACUGGGCUUCAGUGAAGACCCUCGGUUAAUCCAUCAUCUGAAACAAGUCGUUUAAGCUCCCAUACCCCUCACUUUGAGCCCGGGAUGUCAAACUAAUUUUACAUGGUGGGCCACAUACUGCCCAAAUUGGUUUGAAGUGUGCCUGACCAGCAAAACUCCCCUCUCAAUCAGUGUGAAGAUGUUUAACUACACCUUUAAUCCCAUUUAAUCUAAAAAAAACAAGUGUCAACAGUACAUCACAGAGUUUCUACACGAUGAAGACAUUUUGCAGUAAGUGAAUGAAAUCUGUCAGCAUAAAUAAAUAAAUAUGUAAAAUUACAGAAUAAACAUAUUUUAUUCAUUCAAAUCAUACAAACCUUUAUAGGAACCUUAAGAUGUUCCAAAGCCGUCCAUUGGGCUGGAUGGAAGUCUUUGCCUGGCCAAUUCUGGGCCUCAGGCUUCAUGUUUGACACCCCUGCUUUAAUCCAAAAAUAUUCUGAUUGGUUGCCCAUCACAUUCACAACACUUGAAUGGCAGAUGGGUGAAGUUUCUGUGUAAUAUCUCAAAAACAAGAUAUUGCACUUCAUUGGUCCGGUCACAUUCAAAUCUCAGCAAUAAAACCGUAUUUUUUUUUUUGUUUGUUUUUUUAAACGGUCUGAAAGUGAAUAUUCAGAGCAGUCUGAAGCCUAAACUUGACUCAUUGCACAUACACUGAUUUAAAAUUUUGAGUCAGUUCAAUUUCUGAGCAAGCAUCACCACAAUGUGACUGGUUGAGAUGUGGAGAAGCAUAAUAGGUCCACUUUAAUUCUUCCGUCUUUGUUUCCUUAUAUGACUUCAAGUGUAGCGCUGUGUUUGUGUUUCGUUAGAUGUUGCAGUAAAAGCUCGAGUCUGAGGGUGAGGAAAACUGCUCAAAUGAACCGAUUCAAAAGGAAUGACUUUAGUUAAUAUUUUCUUGCUUUGUUGUUGUUUUUAGAUUGAAUUUUUAUGUUAAAGUCGAGCUUUUGUGGUAAUAAAAUGGCACAUUAUGUAUUCUAACAAAUGAAAACGUUCAUCCCAAAACGGAGAUGUUGAAAAUGCGAUGCCUUUGCUAAUGACACCGUCUCCGUCAUCCAAGCACAUCUCGCAAUAAGACCAUCAGCCAGCAAAACAACCUUUGAAUACAAAUUAUCAGAAAAUUUGGGGUUUUAAAGGUUGUGUUUUGAAAUGUUAGCUGAGGAUUUCUUGAGUUUUUUGGAAGGAAACAUUUGAUUUGUCCCUCUUCCUUUGACUUUUUGCAUUUCGCACUAACCCUGUGGUCUCUGUUUUAAUAGCCCAAGCCUUACUUUACUACUCAGUGUUUAAAAUAUACAUUAAAAAACUGCUUUUGUUUGAAAUAUGUAUCUUUUAAGAUGGAAGACUGUACUUUGUAUAAAACCUGUUUUUGAGAGGUUUUGGCAUGUUUAAAGCAGAUUUAUGGUAUUUAUAACUUGUGGCAUUCUUGAACUAAUGAAAUACAAUUAAAGAUGUCUAUAUUUA